UGAGAUAUGCUAUACAGGCGUGACCUACUGGACUGGGGAAGCUCUUUGUCGAUCAAAAGGAUAUUCCUUAAACUCAUACAAUAGUGUUUACUCGAGAAACUACAACAACACCUAUGAAAUCCAGUGUUCUUCUGCGUACAUUUAUGAAUGUUACUUUCGAGAGCGAGGUCCUUGUUCCAAUGUUUUGUAUAUAAACUGCUUCGGUUCUUCAACCACAGAAACCACUCAAUCGUAUAAAAAAUCAUGGACCUCAGCAGACUAUUCAAUUGACGCUGUGGAUGUACGGAUCGACUAUGGAUCCUAUGGUCGUAUUUUUAUUGAUGGACAGGAAGUUUGCAGCGCAACGUUUAAUUACCGUUACGGGGAGGUGUUAUGUCGCGCUAAAGGAUAUCCUUAUUCUACUUCCUUCACAAGUGUAACACCACGUGGUCCUUACAGAACCGUCAACAUUAGUUGCUACUCCGAUUACCUUUCCAGCUGCAAUAAGGAAUUCUUAUAUAAUUACUGCUCAAGUGUUGUCUACCUUUAUUGUCAUGAAGACACAUCCACACAGCCAACAACAGUUACUUCAGAAUAUGUAACCAUAGGAUACUCCAGUGUGUACAUCGGUUUCGGAAACGGAAUGCAGGGUAAAGUUUACGUAAAUAGUCUUGAAGUGUGUGCUGAUGGAGUAAAUAACCAGACAUAUGAAGCACUUUGUCAGACAAAAGGGUAUCACUAUCACUAUUACAACAGUUCUUUUCCAAACUAUCCCUACCAGACCCUGGAUAUGAACUGCCCAGAUACAAACAUAGACAACUGUUUCGUACAAUACAGAAACCAUUACUGUUCGAAUGCCUUGUACCUGUUCUGUGAUGUCCUUGGAAUAAGACUUAUUGAUACUGGGUAUCCAUGGAAGGGUACCAUAGAGAUCCUUCAUAACGGUCAAUGGGGUACCAUAUGUGACGACAGCUUUGAUAAACAAGAUGGUGACGUCAUUUGUAGGAUGUUGGGAUAUUCUCACUCAAGUCAAACUUACCAGAGUGCCCACUAUGGACAAGGGAGCGGCCCAAUAUGGCUAGAUGAUCUAGGUUGCCAUGGAUAUGAGAGUGACGUAGCUUACUGUAGUUCUAAUGGUUGGGGAAGGCAUAAUUGUGGGCACUCGGAGGAUGCAGGAGUCUACUGUACCAAUUCCACGGAAUACGAAACUACCCCAUACGACCCCUGUAGUAGACAUCAAUGCUAUAACGGUGGAACGUGUUUUGUACGAAACUAUGGCUAUCCUGAGUACUACUGUAUUUGUCCAAACGGAUACACCGGGUCAAACUGCUACUACGAGGCAACGACUUUUGAUCCUUGCUAUAUAUAUCCAUGUCGUCAUGGUGGUACGUGUUAUCGCAACUAUGGUUACCCAGGAUACUAUUGCGCAUGUGCAAAUGGAUAUACCGGCCAACACUGUGAUACCUCUGUCG